UACAAAUCGAAGUAGAAAAAACGUAUUCUAAAAACGGAAUUGUUGUGUGUUAUUGUGCGAACGAGCCGUAGAGAUACAUGUAAGCGUGGUGCAAUUCGGUUUCGAUCGACCUUAUCAAGUAUCGACAACAAAGCGUUCAGAUCAGUUGUCCGUAGCUCGCGUCCACAAUAACAUCAUUUCAGCAUCGAAUCGAAACAGCCGCUCUGCGACAAAACAAUCGGGUUUUUUGUUUUCCACAUCAUAAAUGCGUGAAUUGAACACGCAAAUGCUGACUAAAUACAUUUCAUUGUUGUUACAAUUGUCCUGACGAGAUAGCUAGAAAGAAAGAGAAUUGUAGGAUGAAAAAAAUGGAAGAUUCGGUGGAACGGCGUAUUUAUUCGGCUGGCAAAACUUUCCUAUGCUUUGUUGUCUUUCUAAUCUGCAUUCAACCUUUACUUUUGUGCUAUUUUGUUGUGUCUGUAUCGCGAUUGUUAUGGCGAAAUUUUCUCAUAAUAAAAAAACAGCAUUUGACCUUUGUCAAGAAGGAUAAUCUACGUACGUUCAGCUAUACGGCUCGUAAUCCGGGCAUUGUAAAUAUCAUUUUACACUUGCAAGGCGAACCAAAUGUCGAAGCAAUUCGUGAUGGCAUUUAUCGGGCGGUGUUUCAAAAAAAUAUGAAAUCGGGAGAGUUCAUCUUUCCAAAAUUAUCGGCCAAACUGGUGACGUGCUGGGGAUUUUACGCGUGGAAAAUGUGUCCAGAGGCAUUUGUGGUUAAUAAUCAUAUCAAUGUUUGUAAGUCGAAUUAUCGCGGACGUCCCGUAACCAGUACAAAUGUUCAGGACUACAUAAGUAGCAUUGUAUCGAAAUAUUUGCCUGUCGGCCUGCCACCAUGGCAAAUCUGUGUGAUUCCAGUCCUUGGACCGACAUCUAUAACGCGCAACGAAGAUAUAGCAUCUGUUCCGAGUACAUCGGCCAGCGGCAAUGAUACGGAGGAAGAGCAACAGUCACCAAGUGAUUCGGCAACGCGUUUAACUCAUAUUGAGCAUUACUACGUUGUGGUGCGAAUGCAUCAUUUAUUGAUAUCAGAGGAGCCAAAUUUACGCUUAUGUGACCUCAUUGCGAUUGAUGCAACAACAGCAAGUGCUUCCGUUUUCAAUGGACGUGGUGACCUUGAAACCGAUCAACAGAUACCAAAAUCACCACUGUUGGACAUUAUUCAGUAUCCCGUUUACAUUCCACAACUGUAUAUGCGUCUACAAAUUGGGCUAACGAAUGCUUAUAAUGAAUUCAAGAGCAAAUAUGAUCCUUAUGUUGGAAAAUCAUCGAAUCCAAGAGGCGUUGCGACAUCAACACCACCAACUACAUCUGCUGAGUUUCCAGAACUUAACGAUCCAAAAUUGGGGCAUGUUGAAACGUUGCCAAUCGAAACAUUGCCACAAUUGUAUGCAUCGCUGUUUAUUUCGUAUGUGACCAUUGCCAGUGACUUUUACAAGGGAUUCUAUGCAACGAGACAUCAUCCGAUGAUCAAAAUGAAAUUCUUGAACAGUUUGAUCAAUCGUGAAGUGAAAAAGCGGAAUAUUUCAUGGGAAGUCAUUUGGCAUGCGAUGUGGACGACGUUGAAUCCGAUUAGGAUAACAAAGACAUGCUUCGAAUGGAUUUGCUGGGCUGGAGUGACGAUCAGCAUACUUUCACCUCACCUGAUCUACCGAGAGUUGCAAGCGUUUCGAUACUGCUUCUUCAGAGGUCAUGCUGGCUAUCCAGACACACUGAUUGGAUUCAUGUUCGCCUACAUCCCCUUAUGCUACAAUGCGUUCAAAGAGUGGCUUCGAUUGGUGGGCAUUUUCGUGGAAGCGCCACGAUUCAUAUACGAAGAGCUAAUUCAGAUCCAUCGCAGUGAUGAACAUGUUUUGCAAAACAUCUCCCUGUGUGGCAGAAAAGUUUUGUCUUGGUCAAAGAAAAUCAGUGUAAAUGAUGUACGACGUGCGUGCGCUAAGCAUGGCGUCAGCCCAACUGAGCUCUACAUGUCGGCCAAUAGUUCGAUACUAAUGGAAUUGCUGCAUGAAUUCGAAACGGUGCCGGUGCCAAAGCAAAUUCGAGUCUUUGCAACACUACACAAUCACGACUAUUUGCAUGGUCACUUGAAUAACGACGACUAUGAAUCCGGGCAUUUGAGUUUGAUUUUGCCGAUGGAAAAGGUUUCACGUAAACAGCUCAAACAAAUCCGUCAAAACUUUAAAAUAGCGCGAGAAAAUCAAGUGGGUAUCUACUUUUUGUUCCAAUUGCACAAGCGAUUCAAUGUUUUGACGAAAAUUUUGCCCGCUGUGUGGACGGUCAUCAUAUUCAAUUAUUUGUCGAGACGAUUUUCAAUUACCGUCACCGAAAUUGUGAUGAACCGGAAUUUUCUGCAACAAAAAGCAAAAAUCACAUGCUGGGGUCACAAUAUGCUAGAUGUGCUGUUCUUCAGCCCAUUACAAAGCAAUGGAAGUAUCUCACUUUCUAUCCAACAAUUCGGCGAACAUAUUCAACUGGGUGUCAUAUCCGAUGCACAAAUUCAUCCGUUGCAUAUGAAACUAUCCGAAGGAUGGACAAAAAAAUUGGAAAAACUUCUCUAGGCUAAUGAUAAAUAUUCUCUGUUUUUCAAUUGUUAAUUUUGUAUAUGAAAAAAUAUGGUACUACGGUACUACGGUCGAAUGUUGAUUGGAAAUAUAACCAAGAAAAAAACUAAAAAAAAACUAACUGUUAAGCAACAGUGUUCAAGUGGCUGAAUUUAAUAGAAAUUCAGAGCAUCUGAAUAUAAAUACAUUCUUUUUAGCAAACAUUCAAGUUGAAUGCUACCGCUCAGCGUUCGAACCAUGCCAAUUAAGCUUUAUUUGUUGUGUUUGACCAAUAAAACAAAGUCGUGAUUUGUAAAUCCUAUAACAAA